AGAAGCCUUGCGUCUCGGCCAUAGAAAUAGGCGGAGAAAAGUUAAAAAUAACCCAGUCAAAUUUUUACGUUGCCAACCAAAAAACUAACUAAACAACAUCACUCAAUAAACUCACCGCCAAAUUCUACGGAUGCUGAGUUGAGAGAGGUGAGCGUCAUUCGGUGUUUAAUACCCUAAAUCUCCCUCCCCGGUUUCUUCACAGCUCGGCAGAGGGUCAUUUGGUGCAAAUAAUUUAUUUAUCUUCUGGCAUGGUGAUAUGAGUGCGUAGGUUUUCUGCCGUUGGCUGCAUCACCAACCGUGCCUUAAAUUUGAACGAGCGUUAUAAUGGCCACAGCUGGACCUUUAUCUCCCCAGCAAGAAGCUGAAAUCUUUGAGGAUGAAAAGAAGCCCAGGAGGAUGGGUUCGUUAAAGAAGGUAGCAAUUAACGCUUCAAACAAGUUCAGGAUUUCUCUGAAAAAGGGAAAGCGAAGUAGUAAAGUCGCGUCGGUUGAGAUUGAGGAUGUGCACGACGCCGAAGAAGCAAAGGCCGUCGACGCACUUCGUCAACGCCUUAUAUUGGAGGAAUUGUUGCCCUCAAAACACGAUGAUUAUCACAUCAUGCUCAGAUUCUUGAAGGCCAGGAAAUUUGAUAUUGAGAAAACAAAACAAAUGUGGUCUGAUAUGCUUAAAUGGAGAAGGGAAUUUGGUGCUGACACAAUUACACAGGACUUUGAAUUUAAUGAACUAAAUGAAGUCUUGCAAUGUUAUCCUCAUGGGCACCACGGUGUAGAUAAGGAAGGACGACCAGUGUAUAUUGAGAGACUAGGACAAGUAGACCACAAUAAGCUCAUGCAGAUCACCACAAUGGAACGUUAUGUGAAAUACCAUGUACGAGAGUUUGAAAGAACAUUCCAUGUUAAGUUUGCUGCUUGCUCAAUUGCCGCAAAGAAGCACAUCGAUCAAAGCACAACCAUUUUAGAUGUGCAAGGAGUGGGCCUUAAAAAUUUUAACAAAGCUGCAAGGGAACUUAUAACUGCCCUUCAAAAGAUUGAUGGUGACAAUUAUCCAGAGACCUUGUGUCGUAUGUAUAUCAUAAAUGCUGGCUCAGGAUUUAGAAUGUUAUGGAACACAAUUAAGUCCUUCCUUGAUCCUAAGACCACAGCAAAGAUAAAUGUUCUUGGUAACAAGUAUCAGAGCAAGUUGCUGGAAAUAAUUGAUGCUAGUGAAUUGCCAGAGUUCUUAGGAGGCACUUGUACUUGUGCUGAUCAAGGAGGCUGCAUGCGUUCUGAUAAGGGCCCAUGGAAGGACCCAGAGAUUAUGAAGAUGGUUCAAAAUGGUGACCAUAAAUGUACAAAGAAUUCUGAACCUCGAACGACUGAUGAGAAAAUUUCUGAGGACGACAUGGUAUACUCCAAGAGAAAUGACUCUGGCAAUCAAGAUACACCAAAGGACCAUCAUCAACGGCUUUCUUCAGUUCAAGAAGAGGCUGGAAAUAGGCAAAGUUUUCAGAAAUCUUUCAAUGUCGAGCAAUUAGUUCCAAUGGUUGAUAAACCUGAUGCAGCUCGGCAGAAAAGAAUUGAGAAUGAAAUAUUUUCCUUUAAGAAAGGGGACUGUCCGAAUAUGCAUGUUGCUCACAAGGCUACUGAAGAGAAUAACUCUUCAAUUUUCAGUGGAAUGAUGGCUCUUGUUAUGGGCAUUGCCGCAGUGCUCAGAGUGACACGCAAUUUGCCUAAAAAGCUCACUGAUGCCACUAUCUAUUCAAAUCCUGGCUACUGUGUUGAUGAUACGAAGACAAAAACACCUAGUAUAUAUGGUGCAGAUUAUGUGGCUAUGAUGAAACGCAUGGCUGCAUUGGAAGACACUGUAAAGAUUAUGAGCACGAAACCUGCAGCCAUGUUGGCUGCGAAGGAGGAAAUGUUGAAUGCUGCAUUAAGUAGGGUUGAUGUGUUGGAGCAGGAGCUAAUGGCAACCAGGAAGUCUUUGGAGGAAACACGAGCUCAACAGGAGGAACUACGAGCUUAUUUAGAGAAGAAAAAGAAGAAGAAGAAGAAGAAGUUGUUCAACUGGAAUUGAGAGAGAUUAUCAGGAAACUGGAGCAGCGUGGUGUUUUCCUUUCCAAGGCCACCCUAAUGCACUAGUUUGAUGCUCGAUUUGUAAAAUAGAAUUGAAAAGUUUCGGAUGUAAAGCUAUUCUUUUCACUCAUAUAUUUUCAAUAAAAUUUGGCUUUCACAAUUAA